AUGGGGACUAGAGAUUUGGAUGAAGACGACAUCCUGGCCGCUGUUUUAGAGAGUAAUGAGAAGCCGCCCUGUGUUGACACCGACAGAGAACUUGAAGACCACGAGAGCGAGGAUGACAUCCAUUGCAAUGAGGAAGAUGGUUUUGUAAACGAA